AUGAACGCACAACAAUAUAUAUUGAAAGAGAUUAACUUAGAGUAUGCUCAAUUGAAAGAGGUUGUUCAAUGUAUAUUACAUUGUAUACUGUUUCAAAGAUGUCUUGGAACUGUGAAACCAAAGGAUGCUUCAUUGGAUAUUGUAGAGUUCACUUAUACAAAGUUGGAUGAUCCACAGACAUCAAAGCAGGUCGAAGAGAAGUCUGAGGAAUUACUAUCAUCAAUAAUCAAGAGAAAGGCAAAGACUGCACAGGUAUCAGUAUCAUUCCAAGAGAAGAGACAAAAGACGACAUUCUUCUCUUCGGCAUCAGAGGUGUGCUGGGAGCAAUGGAUAAUAUCAUUCCAAUUGGUACCCUCGAUGGAUGCCAAACAACUGGCCAAUCAGCUGAAAGAUACCAAUUAUAAGAUCAUCGAACAUGUCAAUCAAGACAAGAACAUACCUCCCAUUACAGCCAAAGAUCAGAAUCCAUUCCCUUUCACUAUAACAAUAGCAGGCGCAGAGAAUGCAGGUGUAUUUGAUACUUUCUGGAAUGUACUUAAACCUCCUCCUUUACUUGGAGGUAAAUAA